AUGCGGCAGCUCCUCGCCGGCGCCAGGGCGAUCCACUGCGCCGGCCUGAUCCACCGCGACAUCAAGCCGGCGAACGUCCUCGUCGGCCCGGGCUGCACGCUCAAGUUCUGUGACUUCGGCGACGCCACGCCGGCCAUCCCGCCGCACGAGGAGUUCUUGGUCGGCACGCUCCGGUACACCUCGCCGGAGCAGCUCGUCGGCGACCGGUACUACGGCCAGGCCGUGGACAUGUGGGCGCUGGGCUGCGUGAUGGCCGAGCUCCUCACGGGCAGACUGCUCUUCACGCUGUCGGAGACGGCGGAGGAGCACUACCUCGAUCUGCUGGACCUGCGGGACUGCGACGUCGCGUCCAAGGACUCGCCGGCGUUCGGUGGGCUGACGGGGCUGUCGCCGGCGGGGCGCGAGGUGCUGGCUGGGCUGCUGAGCUUCGACCAGCAGAAGCGGCUGACGGCGGAGGAGGCGCUGGAGCACCGGUGGUUCACGGAGGAGGCGGACUCCCCUGCUGUCCUCAAGCACCUCGCCGACGUAGCCGAGGCCGAGAAGAACAAAUUGUAGUUAGCGUCAUCCAGAACAGCAUUGCAGUGUGUAGUGUGACUAGUGUCCUGAAAUGAUUCUUGUAAUAUGUGCAGUAGAGAACAAGAGAUUCAUUGUUAGUUGCAAGAAGGAAGCAAUGCAUUGUUGCUCCUUUGUUUAUGAGAAAAUACAUUCGUUACC